AUGGACGUCCCACGUGGGACAUGUCGCAAUUGUGUGUUCGACGUCGUCCUCGGGCGCACCGCAGAACCAACACUCCGCCGUCUCCGACUAACGAGUUUACGACUAUGUGGGAGUUUAUUGGGCGAAUGUGGGAGUUUAGUGGGCGAAAGUGGGAGUUUAAUGGGCGAAAGUGGAUGUCGAGGGGGCGAAUGUGGGAGUUUAGUGGGCGAAAGUGGGAGUUUAAUGGGCGAAAGUGGGUGUCGAGGGGGCGAAUGUGGGUGUCGAGGGGGCGAAUGUGGGAGUUUAGCGGGCGAAAGUGGGUGUCGAGGGGGCGAAUGUGGGAGUUUAGUGGGCGAAUGUGGGAGUUUAGUGGGCGAAAGUGGGAGUUUAAUGGGCGAAAAUGGGUGUCGAGGGGGCGAAUGUGGGAGUUUAGUGGGCGAAAGUGGGAGUUUAAUGGGCGAAAGUAGGUGUCGAGGGGGCGAAUGUGGGAGUUUAGUGGGCGAAAGUGGGAGUUUAAUGGGCGAAAGUGGGUGUCGAGGGUGCGAAAAUGGGAGUUUAAUGGGCGAAAGUGGGUGUCGAGGGGGCGAAUGUGGGAGUUUAGUGGGCGAUAGUGGGUGUCGAGUGGGCGAAAGUGGGUGUCGAGUGGGCGAAAGUGGGUGUUGA